CGGCUUGCGCUCAUCUCGACUAUUCCACCAGGCUAUUUAUCUUUUUCUGGCCAUACAUCUGCUCAAGAUGUCGAACUGAAUAAUCCAGCAUACCUUCAGCUCUCUCAUUCAGUAGACGAGAAUCUUUUGAAAAUUACUACUGAGAUUUCUGGUAAAAUCAUGACUGUUAAUGAUAUUUUGCAUGAUCUUCUCCAACACGGUGAUUCAGCCCAGAAAUAUAUGCAAGGGUCAAAAAAUGUGAAAGUUGAUAACUGGAUUCUUCUUGAUAAUGUUGUACAAAAAAGCAGCAUUGCUUCUGGAGCUCGUAUUCGGGCUUCGCAGAGACAGUCAAAGAGAUCUAAAAGACAUAUGUCCAUGAAGCAACAUAAGAAGUUUGGAUCAUUUGAUUUGCCUCAAGAGUUCCACAACUAUAACAUCUUCAAGCCAAUGCACGAUAAGUGGAAAGACUAUGUAACAAAACUCCUGAAGAAUAUUGGGAAAAAUCAGUUAUCACAAUGUCUCCUUAAUGCAGACUUACAUGGUGCACUAAUUCUAGUUGUUCAGUGCAAAAUAGCUGGCUUAAGUGGUGUACGUGGUAUCAUGAUUCGUGAGACCAUAGAAACAUUUGGAAUAAUCACAGAAGACAACAAAUUCCAAGUUGUGCCAAAAAAGCUUUCUGUAUUUAUGCUACAAGCGGACUGCUGGAAAGUUACAUUGCUCGGAGACAAACUCAGUUCGAGAAACAUGAUUACAUGAUAUUGUUAAGACGGACAUUUGUCAUAUGGAAAAUGUAUUGGCAUUGCUUCAGGGAAGAUUGAUUCCAAUGGCUGUAUUAUUGCUUGGGAGAUUGCUCGGCCUAGGUUUCAUUCUUUUAGCCGGGGUUGAUCAUGAGAAAGAUACUUUGGGAGCACUGGGAGAAUACAGGAGGCAUCUAAAGGGGUAUUUAGUUUUCAAAAUUUUAAUAGUGUGUUAAAAUUGGAAGCAUCUUUAGGUAUUCUUUUUCUACAGUUAUAAAAAUCAAAGCAAUAGUUUUAUAAUUUUAAUUGAGACACUGUUCAAGAAGCAUAUCAGUUGCUGCACCAGAAAUCCACUUUGUAAAUUGGGAUAUCCCUUGGAUCAUGUAGAGUUGUACAGUUAACGUUUAUUCUGGAAGAAAUAUUUAUCAUAUUGAUUUUACUAUUCAAAUAAAGGACCUAGAGUUUUCUUG